AUGCGGGCCUCUUUCAUGUCCAAGCUAGCCAUGGGAUCCGCCGUAGCACUCGGCGCACCUACUCCUUCUCGGGUUUCGCAGAUGGUGAAGAAAUCAACCUCCUGCACGUUCGACUCGGCUGCCAGCGCCAGCGCCAGCAAGUCAUCCUGUAACACAAUCGUGUUGGAAAACAUUGAGGUGCCUGCUGGUGAGACCUUGGACCUGACCGAUCUCAAUUUCGGUACAAAGGUCAUUUUCAGUGGCGAGACUACCUUCGGAUAUGAGGAAUGGGAUGGACCCAUGAUUGAGAUCUCUGGCUCAAACAUCAUCGUUUCUGGAACUUCUAACCAUACCAUCAAUGGUGGCGGAGAGCGAUGGUGGGAUGGUGAAGGCACCAAUGGUGGUAAAACAAAGCCCAAGUUCUUCUAUGCCCAUAGCUUGGACGACUCGACAAUCACCGGUCUGAACAUCAAGAACACACCCGUCCAGGCAUUCAGUGUUGAUAUCACCAUCGAUGAUUCCGAUGGUGAUUCUAAUGGUGGUCACAACACUGAUGGAUUUGACGUUGGCGAUAGCACCGGCGUGACUAUUAGUAACGCCGUUGUCAUGAAUCAGGAUGACUGCCUAGCUGUCAAUUCUGGCACAAACAUCGUUUUCACAGGUGGUACCUGCUCCGGCGGCCAUGGUUUGUCUAUCGGUUCUGUUGGUGGACGCUCCGACAACACUGUGAAGAACGUGACUAUCACCAACUCUGUUGUGAAGGAUUCGGAGAACGGUAUUCGCAUCAAGACAAACUCUGGAACUACCGGAUCUGUCUCUGAGGUCACAUUCUCAAACAUUCAGAUUUCAGGAAUCACCGAUUACGGCAUUGUGUUUGAGCAGGACUACGAGAACGGCGAUCCUACUGGUACCCCUACUGAUGGUGUUCCUAUCACCGACCUCACCGUGGAGAGUGUGACUGGAACUGUCGAAAGUGAUGCGACCGAGGUCUACAUCCUGUGUGCUUCGGGUGCCUGCUCAGACUGGACUUGGUCUGACGUUAGUGUCACGGGUGGAUCAACCAGUGAUGAGUGCGAGAAUGUGCCAUCUGGUGCGUCUUGCUAG